AUGAUGGCAGUUCAAUAUAAAGCAGGUAAAGGAAGAACAGGAACUAUGAUAAGUUGUUAUUUAUUAUUUUCUAAAUAAUAUGAUUCAUCAAAAGAUGCAUUAAAAUAUUAUGCAACAAUCAGAACAUAAAUUAAGAAGGAGUAACAAUACCUAGUUAAGAAAUGUUGA